GCGGAUGCGGCGCGCGAUUGUUGGGAUUUACAAUCCUAUGAGGCUUGGUGUUUACUUAUUUACACAACAGUACUCUGCUACUGAAGCUAGAGUUUUGUAUUAAAGGCAGUUAUAUAACAGUGUGAUCAUAAUAACACUCACUGACCAAAGUAGGACUUUUAAUCAGGUAAUUUAUUGUCUUAAAUAUCAUAUAAAUACAGAAUAAUUAUCACUUAUAUUUAGUAGUUACUCAAUCAACUAGUUUGAGCAGAUGACCGAAACAGAAGAGGCGGUCAUCUAUCGGCGUAAUGUUGUGAAAGAAAACAAUAACCUACCAGGAACUAUAGAUAAUAUUGAUAAUGAGUCAGAAUCUGAAGCCGAAUCCAAAGAAGUAAGACUAACGUUGAUGGAAGAAAUAUUGCUGUUGGGGUUGAAAGAUCGAGAAGGAUACUUAUCAUUUUGGAAUGAUAGUGUAUGUUGUGGACUCCGAGGAUGCAUACUCGUUGAACUUGGUCUCAGAAAUCGAAUUGGACUAGAGCCGAGUGGGAUGCGUCGUAGGAACCUGUCGUCUAGAUGUAUUGUUGUCAAAAAGAGCGUGCCGACUGGUGACGCAUUGCUAGAUGAGGCUCUCAAACAUAUCAGAGAUAAUAAGCCUGAAAAUACGAAAACAUGGAUUGAAUAUCUCAGCGGUGAAACAUGGAAUCCAUUUAAAUUACCAUUACAGCUCCGCAACGUCAGGGAAAGGAUAGCGAAAAGCCUCGUAGAAAAACGCAUAUGCACAACAGAAAAACAAAAUUUUAUCCUUUUUGACAUGAUGACGCACCCCUUAGUAGACCUUGGAAGUAAAAACGCGUAAUUAGUCGUAUUCAGGAUGUUGUCCUUAAUAAAUGGAGCACAGAUGUUCAGAAAAUCGAUAAGCGCCUACUCUCUCUCGUGCUCUUGUCUCACUAUUCCGAUGUCUUAGAAUGUGCUUUACAACAUCUUCCAGACAAUGUUUAUGAUCUUGCCAAAAAGCGAAUUGACGAUGCACUCCAACUCGACUUCUUUGCAGAGGCCAAUAAAGAAGGUUCUUGUGAAAUGCUGUGGGCAGUUAUGGCUGCUCUUAAUUCUUAAAAAUCAAAUUCCCAAAUGUCUUGGCUGUGAUUAUUUGUGUGAAGCUCCAC